AUGUUUCCACGUAUAGCAAUAGUUGGAGCAGGUCCUUGUGGUUUGUAUUUAGCAAAAAAUUUAAGGGGCCGUGUGUCGCCCGGCGCGCGGGUCGACAUCUUCGACCGAUUGUCUCAACCUUUGGGACUAUUAAGAUUUGGAGUUGCACCAGAUACUAUCUCAAUUCGACAGAGCGGCAAAACAUUACUAGCCGGUGCCACGGAGCGUUUCUUUUUUAAUGUGCGGGUGGGAACCGAUCUUACCAUCGAUGAGUUGAUGCGUUAUUAUCACGUAUGCCUUCUUUCCUGCGGCGCUGAAUCUCCACGACCAUUUAACAUAUCAGGUGACGAUACGGAAGGCGUAUUUGACGCAUUAGACAUAGUUAGGUGUUACAACGGGCAUCCAGAUACUCCACAGACUGUACUAUCCUAUUUGCAUAAUUUAGUUCAUUUGGCUAGGCCCAUCAAGGUUUGCGUCGUUGGAAACGGUAACGUCGCACUGGAUGUAGCAAGGAUACUUCUAACACCUGCUAAGGCAUUUGAACAUACAGAUAUUAGUAGAGAGUUUUUGAAAAUCCUAGAAAGGAUCGACGUUCGCAGUGUAAGAGUCAUCGGUCGUCGUGGGAUCUUUCAGUCAUCAUUCACGAACCCAGAGCUACGCAGAAUUACAGAAACACAACACUUCAUACCUUUUACGGAUCAUGAAUACAUAGAACAGUCCUGCAAAUAUCAACCUGCAACGCUAGACCGCCGUAUUCAAAGGAGGCUUGCCCUCUUUCAACACAUUGCGAACAACUCGACGACAAUAAACGCAAAAGUGCGACAACUCCACUUCGAUUUUUUCAAGGGUGUACAUUCCAUCGAAAAAGGAGCUAAUUCGGCACUAAAGGGACUCAUUUUGGAACACAAUAUACUUGAUGAGAAUUUGAAUGCCCAUGCCACGGAAAAACGCAGUCGAGUAGAUGCGGAUAUGUUUGUCAAAUCUAUUGGGUUCCAACGUAGUCCAGAUUCGCUGCAAUUAUUGGAAAAGGUAGAUUCGAAACGAAUUUUUUCUUGUGGUUGGUUCGCUACCAACGGAAAAGGUGAUUUGUCAGCCACCUUAGCGGCAACGGUACAGUUGUCUGCGAUAAUUAGGGGAUUGAAUUUUGAUUUCCCUGUAGAAGAGGAUAUACUAGAUUUUUUCAAGGGAAAUACAAAGUUCAAAAAUGUCAGAGUUGGAAACACUGGAUGA